UCCCUCCACUCCCGUCGCCCCAAGGUCUCCAAGCCAUGCUCCUCCUGGUCCCGUCACCGCCGCCGCCCUCCCAUGCUCUCCUCCCCCGACCCCCAGUCCCUCGCCACAGCCGUCGAGCUCGCCAUCGCCGCCCGCUCCGCCCGCCUCGGCCGCGCCGCCCAUGCCCAGAUCGUCAAGUGCCUCUCCCCCCUUGUCCCCUCCUUCCUCUCCAACCACCUCGUCAACAUGUACUCCAAACUCGACCUCCCUUCCGCCGCCGCCUCUACCCUCGCCCUCGACCCCGUCCCCUCCGUCGUCUCCUGGACCGCUCUCAUCUCCGGCGCCGCUCAGAACGGCCGCGCCCUUCCCGCGCUCCUCCACUUCACCGCCAUGCUCCGUGCCUCUGUCCGCCCCAACGACUUCACCUUGCCCUCCACCUUCAAGGCCGCCGCCGCCCUCCGCCACUCUCUCGCCGGACGCCAGCUCCACUCCUUCUCCCUCAAGACCGGCCUCAUCAAUGAUGUCUUCGUGGCCUGCGGCGCCCUCGAUAUGUACUACAAGACUGGCCUCGCUUUGGAGGCUCGCCAGAUGUUCGAUGAAAUGCCUCAUAAAAACAUUGUCGCUUGGAAUGCCGUCAUGACCAAUGCGGUGCUUGACGGCAGGCCUGGUGAGGCCAUUGAUGCCUUUAGCAAGCUCCGGUUGUCAGGCGAGUCCCCCAACACUAUCUCGCUCUGUGCCUUCUUCAAUGCCUGUGCUGGUGCUUCCUACUUGUGGCUUGGGGCUCAGCUCCAUGCCUUUGUGAUACAAUCCGGGUUUGAUUCGGAUAUGUCAGUGGGAAAUGGGCUUAUUGAUUUUUACGGGAAGUGCCAUUGUGUGGAUGAGGCGAGGGCGGUGUUCGAUGGGAUGCCAACAAAGAAUGAUGUCUCGUGGUGCUCGAUGAUUGUGGUGUACGCACAGAAUGGAGCCGAAGAAGAGGCAUUUAAUGUGUAUCUGGAUGCACGGAGGGAAGGUAUCAAGCCCACCGAUUUCAUCGUCUCCAGUGUCCUCACCACUUGUGCUGGCCUCUCAGGACUUGACCUUGGGCGAUCUGUCCAUGCUGUUGCCAUUCGCUCUUGCAUUGAUGGGAACAUCUUUGUCGGUAGUGCGCUUGUGGACAUGUAUGGGAAGUGUGGGAGCAUUAGCGAUGCCGAGCAGGCAUUUCGGGAGAUGCCUGACCGGAACCUUGUCUCAUGGAAUGCGAUGAUUGGAGGGUAUGCUCAUUAUGGAGAUGCUCAUAUGGCACUUGCUGUGUUUGAUGAGAUGAUUAAUAGUGGUGAGGUUGCACCAAAUUACGUGACCUUGGUCAAUGUGAUCACUGCAUGUAGCAGAGGAGGGAUGACUAGGGAAGGACUAGAUUUGUUUGAGACAAUGAGGGAAAGAUUUGGGAUCCAGCCUCGCACAGAGCACUAUGCAUGUGUGGUGGACUUGCUUGGACGCGCAGGGAUGGAAGAGCGUGCAUAUGAGUUCAUAAAGGAGAUGCCUGUAAGGCCAUCUGUUUCGGUUUGGGGGGCACUUCUUGGGGCUUGUAGAGUGCAUGGGAUGACGGAGCUGGGGAGAAUUGCAGCAGAGAAGUUGUUUGAGAUUGACCCUCAGGACUCCGGCAAUCAUGUACUGCUCUCCAACAUGUUUGCAUCAGCUGGCAGGUGGGAGGAAGCGACGGAAGUGAGGAAGGAGAUGAAGGAUGUGGGGAUCAAGAAAGGUCCAGGAUGCAGUUGGAUCAUAUGGAAGAAUGUUGUCCAUGUUUUCCAAGCGAAAGACACAACUCAUGAGAGGAAUGAUGAGAUCCAGGCAAUGCUGGCUAAGCUGCGAAGAGAGAUGCAGGCAGCUGGCUAUGUACCUGACACGCAGUAUGCUCUCUAUGAUCUAGAAGAGGAAGAAAAAGAGACCGAGGUGCUCCAACACAGCGAGAAGCUUGCUCUUGCCUUUGGUCUCAUUUGCAUCCCACCUGGGAUUCCUAUAAGAAUUACCAAGAAUCUGCGAGUCUGUGGAGAUUGUCACCGUGCCAUCAAGUUCAUCUCAGGCAUUGUUGGAAGAGAGAUUGUUGUGAGGGAUAACAAUAGGUUCCAUCAUUUUAAAGAUUAUCAAUGCUCAUGUAGAGAUUAUUGGUGAAGAAACAAUUUUUGAUAGAUUAGUCAUCCUCAUCAUUGUACCAUUGCAAUUUUAUUAAGGAAUAAAUAUGCUUAUUAAUGCCUGGAGUA